AUGCUCUCUCUGAUCUAUACAGCCCUCUUGGUCUUCGGCGCCCUGGGAAACAUCCUCGCCCUUCGCCUUGCCCAUCGAAAGGGCAAGAUCAACUCAACAAAUGUCUACCUGGUCCACCUGGCAGUGUCUGAUCUCCUGUUCACCCUGGCCCUGCCCGGAAAGAUCGUCUACUAUGUGCUGGACUUCAGCUGGCCAUUCGGUGAAGGGUUCUGCAGGCUGACGGCCUUCCUAUUCUACGUGAACACCUACUCGGGGAUCUACCUGAUGACUUUCGUGAGCGUGGACCGUUACGUGGCUGUGGUCCGCACCCACCAGUGUCCCCAGCUCCGCAAGCCUGGGCGGGCCAGGCUCCUCUGUAUGGCUGUGUGGGCCCUGGCGUCUCUGCAGACGGCGCCCCUGCUCUUUUUCUCCACGACCAAGCUUGUGGCCGGCAGGCUGAUCUGCAUGGAGUAUGACAGCGUCCAGCCGGUGCUCAUGCUGCCGGUCGCGGUCCUAGUGAUCUCCACUCUGAGCUUCUGCGGGCCGGUGGGUAUCAUCCUCUUCUGCUACGUGAAGAUCACCGUGAAGCUGUGCAGGACGGCCCGGGACAACCCUCUGACGAGCCGGCAUGGGCACCACCGCAGGGCCUGCCUGCUCACGCUGGUGGUGCUGGUGGCCGUGGCUGUGUGCUUCAUCCCGUACCACGUUAACGUCAUCCAGUUCAUGGCAAGAAAUAUGCUCCGCUGGCCAACCUGCCCCGAGCAGAGGGCUUUCAAACUGUGGCUCCAGCUCACGGUGUGCCUCAUGAACUUGAACUGCAGCAUCGACCCCGUCAUUUACUUCUUUGCCUCCAUGCGUUACAGGAAGUGGCUCCUCCGCAUUUUGAAACUCAAAGCAUCAGCCUCCUCCUCCCCUCAGGGAAAAAUCUCCUUAGAAACACAAAGUAUCAACCAGAUGGUAGGCUCCUUGCCCUUUGAGGAGAAUGAGAUCUAA